GAUCUGAGCGACGUUGGGCGGGGCGUAUGGCUGGCAGAUGAGCCUUUUCCAGGCACGUGAGUGGUGGAGCACCCAGGUCAGCGAAGAUGAAGAGUUUGACGUUGGUUGCCUCUGUGUGGCAAAUGUGGACAAUGAGCCAACUGGUGCAAACAAGAUCAUCACUGGCAGCUACCAGGGAAUGCUUCGCAUGUACUAUCCCAAGCAAAAGGAGUACAAGAUCGAGGACCUCAUCCUUGAGAGUAAUAUGGAGGCUCCCAUCCUGCAGAUAGAAGCUGGCAGAUUUGUGCAGGGCAGUCGGGAAAUUUGUAUGGCGCUCCUACACCCGAUGAAGCUGUCAGUCUACAUGGUGUCUGCAGUCUCUUCGGGCUCAUCGGUGAACUACUAUUCCAUGGCACCUGCCUAUGAGCACAAACUCACAAGGCCCGCAUUUAACAUGUGUUAUGGUAGCUUCGGUGGUGUUCGAGACCGUGAUUACUUUUGCAUCCAGUCCUUGGAUGGCGUUCUGUCCUUUUUCGAGCAGGAAUCCUUUGCCUUCAGCAGGAUGAUCACCUCCAGUUUUUUGGUGCCUGGACCAAUUUGCUACGUGCCAAAGAUCGACAGUUUUGUCAUUUGCACGAAUGCAAUGUGUAUAGAGGCAUAUCGUUAUCAGGUUCUAGCAGCUGCGGCUGACAAUGUGGAUCAAGCACCAGGUGAAGGUGGUUCGGGCAAAAAAGUCCAAGUGGAUUGGUCCACCAACAUUGGCGAGCAUGCCAGAAGUAUCGAAGUGGUGCGAUUUACACGAUCUCUGUCUGCAAGCCAGCAGGAGAUCCUGGUGGUGGGCGAACAGACCAUCUUCACCCUCAAGGACAGUGGCGGAAUCCGCUUGCAGAAGCGCCUGGCAGAGUAUGGCAUCACUGCCUCGGUGGCUUACAAGAUGCCACCGGAGUCGGCGGAUGCAUUGCCAAGCCACAACUUGAUGCUCGGCACAAAUACUGGUCACUUGUUGAUCUUGAAGGAAAUGCAGCUUGUGUGGUGCGCACGCUUGCAGGGUAUAGUCCCAGCUCAAAUUUGUGUAGACACACUUGGCGGUGUGAGAGGAAUGAUGGUGCUGAUGGAUAGCAAGGGCAAAUUGCAGGUCACCUAUCUUGGCACCGAUCCUCCAACUGCCAGUUUGGUGAACACCGAGAUGAAGGAGUUGAAUUACGACGAGAUGGAAGAAGAACAUCAGGAGUUGCUCAGAGUCAUUCGGCAGACACACGGCGAUGGAGCUGCUGAGCCGGAAGAGAGUCUGGCCAUCGAAGCGCAGGUGCCUCAAGUGCUGGAUUUGGGCAAUGAGGAUGAUUGUGAUGCUGAUGAUCCUGUUGGGCGUUCUGAUGGCAUGGUGAUGCAACUCACCGUGCACAUCAUCGUGACGCUGGGAGGGAGCAAACCGGUAGAGAAUGUAUCAAUUACAUUGAAGGCCCCCCAGUGCUUCCACCUUUCACAGAACUCGAUUUUCAUCGAGAAGGUGGAACCCGGUGGUCCUCCGGUUGUCGUGUCUGUCCUAGUUCGAGUGUGGAAUAAGAUCCUUUGCUCGGGCCUGGAAGUGAUGGCAUGUGCAUCGUAUUUCUCUGUGAACAAUGAGCCGCGCACAGUGGCAACCACUUUCGGUUUGCCAUUUGCUUUGGUGGCAAAGCCAAUUCCACCAGUCAAGAAUGCCAACCACAAGAUCCAGCUGGAUUGCAACAAGCAGCCUCCUCCGCUGCAGACCUUGUUUGCAGGGCUGCUCAACCAACCACACGUGUCUGCCUCUUUGAGCCAGGGCACGUCCAACUUGCUUUCGAUUCAGUAUGUGUCUGGAACAGAGGCGACCGUGCUGGUGUUGAAGAGUAGCGGGCGCUUUUGUGUGCAGGCCACCGAGUUUGCUGCCCUGUGGGUCUUGACCCAGGAGUUGUGCAACAAACUUCAUGAAUACUUUGGUCCCGGAGGCGAAGGUGCUGUUCCUGAUGGCGAGGAACCCUUCUUCAUCACCUUUCAGGACAGUCUCCCGUUGCACGACUACUUCGCGUUGAUCGAUGACCACUUCGAAUUGCGAAGGCAUUUGGACGAGCUAAGAAAGGACUUGGCCGAUCGAACUCAGCAGUACCGGGUCAUUCAGAAGCGCCUGCUUGUGAGAUUCAAGGAUCGAAAUCCAUCGCCUUUGAAUCACCUGGACACUUUGCUGAACCUCACCUUCGAGCAGACGAUUCUGCUGACUGACGGUAUUGAUGAUGUAGAGCAAGCUCUAAGAACGGUCUCCUGUCAUUUGUCGGCAGCAACUGAGCUGGUCCUGCUCUUGGUGAAGCUCAGAUUCGGCCUGGAUGAUGAGAAUUUCACCAUCCUCAAAAGGCAUUUUUCGCCCGAGAUUUGUGACACCACGGAUCAGGGCUGGGAGGAGAAGGUAGACACGUCGCUGCUACAUCUUUUGCGGACUUCCCUGGCGCGAAGUGUCAAAGAUCGCAACACUCUGCCCCCGCCAAUGAAGGUACCGCAGGACACCUUAAAGCUCCGCAAACGGAUCACCAAUGUAGUUGAUCGUUUGGCCACUGGUGCACGUGUCUCCGGCGGUCCACCAGGUCCUCCCCUGGAUGGGGGCGAAGAGGAGGAACCACCCGAGGAGUUUGGAGGUGAACAAUGAGUCGGCCAAAUUUGUUCGGGGUUGACCCCAGAUCCGAGGGCCGGGCGAAAAUUGGCUCGGCCUGUGCAUGUGCUCCCCAGUCAUGAAGAUGGAAGAUGGUGGAAGAAUCUGAAAGGCAGUUUCUAGGUUU